GGCGGAUGAAACAGUUAACCUUAGCAAAGAAAGGGCGGAUGAAACAGUUAACCUUAGCAAAGAAAGGGCGGAUGAAACAGUUAACCUUAGCAAAGAAAGGGCGGAUGAAACAGUUAACCUUAGCAAAGAAAGGGCGGAUGAAACAGUUAACCUUAGCAAAGAAAGGGUGGAUGAUCUUAAUGAAGUAAGGGACCAUAAUGAAGAGGUUAUUGACGAAGAAAGAGAUGUUGAUAGUAACGAAUAUAAUGAAGAGGUUAUUGGAGAAGAAAUCAUGACGAAACUAAUGAAGUUACAGAGAAUAAUAACGAAGCAACGGCGGAUAAUGAACCGGGUAGAACAAUUUUCGAAACGGAUUUUCUUGAACAAGAAAUUGAUGGCUUUAAUCAAGGAAUUACGAAUAGAUUUUCCAGGACUAUUAACGAUAUAUUCUAUCGAGCAAGAAAUGCUUGAUGAAGUACCUUCCCAAUUCGAACAAGUUCAACCAAAACUUGAAAAGAUACGAAGUUGGGGACUAAUCUCUUACGGUGACCGAGAUGCUCAUAAAGGAUUGCAUCUUGAUUUAUAUUCAAUGAGGCAGUCCGAUAAAGGCAUAUUUAUUUGGGUGCCAGUUGAAAAAGCUGAGCUCCCAAAACAUGAUAUGCCAAAAACUUAUGGAACAUUUUCAUCGAUCAUUAAUUUAAUGCUGGUUCUCUCUCUGGGUGUCAAAGAAUCUAGCAAAAGAAUCUUUGAUAUCAAAAGAGAGAAUACUGUUUUGAAACUAUCAGAAGAUAAUUCUGAUGAUUCAGAUUCACAUAAUGAAUCUGAUGAAUCAGAUUAUCCUGACGAUAGUUUCGAAGCAUCGAAUAAUAAUUCAAGCAAAUCUAAAAUUGUGCAUUAUCUCUCUGCUAAAGAGUUGUCAACGCCAUUAGCCAAAAGAACAAAGGCAUAA